AAUAGAAGCACUUUCAGUGGUACAACUCGCUACGCGUCAAUUAAUGCUCAUAAUGGCGAGGAGCAAGCUCCAAGGGAUGACCUAGCAUCGUGGUUUUAUAUGAUGGUGGAGUUGUUAUCUGGUUUCCUUCCAUGGUCGGAUUUCCAUCACGAUUCUGUAAACGAGGUCCGUGCUAUGAAGGAACACGUGCAAACGACCGAAGGAGCCAAUAUGUUGUUCCAGUUUUGCCCAAAGGUAUGUAUCCUAAAAUUAUCUUUUUGA